UCCCGCGCAUCGUCCCUUGGUGGUGGCUUGCGGCACAUUCCCUCCGAAUUUACAAUUAUCUAUCCGUGCUGCGGUGCUUGAUGUGCGUUAAGCAGGCCCUCUGGCGUCGAUAAGAAUGCAGUUAAGCCUUCCCUGUGCUGCAGUGUCGUGCCGUUUUUAGCUUGAUGCUUUACAUGCAUAUGCAACAACACAUACGCAGCCCUGUGAACUAGUCUGUGCAGUUUAAUUUUUAAAAUCCGUGUUUUACAAAGGCGACCGAGAUUGAGAUAAUUUGUGUGUGUUUUGUUAUAAAUUAAAUACUUAAUUCCUAAAACGAAUCAGUUUCACUGAGGAUACAUUGACUCGCCUGACCCCACCGCACACAAUGUCGAGCACAAGCGUGGAUUUUAGUAGUAAAAUAGAUUUCCCUACCAGUUGGUACGAACCAACGCCGGAGGAGCUGGAGGAGGAGGCAAGAAUGCUGCGAUCAGCGCGCCAACUCCCGGAGCCGAACGAAGCUGCAUCGAGCGCGGCCGGCACGGAAAGCCAAAGUUUAGCCGGGGAAGCGGAUGAAAUGUCCAUCCUGUACAAAGCAGCCAGCGGAGGACGACAAAUCGAGAUUGAUAUUCUAGAUUCCGCCAAUGUGACCAAGUUCGAAAAAUUGGUCCAAAAUGAUCUCAUAAAGUCACCGUUCAAGCGACGCCUGUCCGGUGGGUCGAGCAGCGAAGAAACGGACGACAGACGAGCCGUCUCGGUGAUGGACCGCGACGUGGACGGGGAUGGUGAGGCGGCCGGUGGUUCGCCGAGCAGCGGGACCAGAGCCGGGGGCGGUACCGGUGGCCAGUGGAAAAAGAGCAAGAAGCAUGAAAACGAUCACGGCAGCAGCUUGCGGUCGCGGCGCGAAAGUUCCAGCUCCGGUGCGUCUAGUCAAAACAGCCGCCGACAGAUAGAGUACGAAACGGAUGAGGCUGUACUGGCGCGUCGUCAAAAGCAGAUCGAUUACGGCAAAAACACCCUUGGCUACGAGACUUACAUACAGCAAGUGCCGAGACAUGCACGCACCAAAGAACAUCCCGCGACGCCGCAAAAGCACCUGAAAUACAGCCGCCGUGCGUGGGACGGUCUUAUAAAGGUUUGGCGUAAGAAGUUGCACUGCUUCGAUCCCAACGGCGACAGCAGCACGUUCGAUGAAAACGCCUGAAACACUUGUGGCAGCGCACAGACCGACUGGGGGCGCGAUAUCUUGUAGUAGAGGGAAAUGGUUAUGGAAAGGAGAGCAUUGAUUGUUCUGAUGGAAAACAACGAUGCCACCGGGGGUGUUUGUUACGGUUCCAUAUUUAUUACAAUCCGCCCAACUCCACCGAGCGUGAGCGACCACCAAGGUAGGGAUGACGUGUGAAGCCGAGAGUGCAUGUACAAAAUCGCUAUUGGUUCUUUUUGUUUGUUUUCGUGCGCGUCUCCUCAAACCCCAUUACACGUAGUUUUUUUUGUACACAUUGAAGUGAAUAUUAUUUACAACUAAUUAUGCAAAAUACUUGCAAUAAAUAUAGUCGUUUGUGCUAUACCACUCGUCCCACACUGGGACACUGGGAAGAAUGCAA